AUGACAUCCUUUAGGAAGCGUCACUCAGACGAAGAGUGGCUACAACAUCGGGUCAGCAUCCAGGGCAUGUUCCUUCACGAAAAAUGCUCAUUCAGCGAGAUUUUGCGAAAACUCGAGAAGGUCGGGUUUUCUGUGACGAAAUCGCAGCUUGAGUACAAGCUCAGGGUCUGGGGUCUCCGUAGGCGAACCCCAAAAAACAAGGCCGAGAUGCUAUGGCAAUUUGUCGAUAGCCGCCUCUCCAGGCGGGAGAAGCAAGGCAAACUCAGCGAAGUUAUUCAUGAUGGCAAAAUCAUUGCGUCGGCCAAGGUCAGGAAGGAAAGGAGUCGAUACCAGGCAACUUCUCUGAUGAAGUAUCAGCAAGGAGUUCAACAUUUCGAUCCGCACACCAACACAGCGCCCCGUUCAGUCUUCUUGGCCAAGUCACCUGCCUUGGCUUAG